AUGUCUACGCCGCCGACGGUCAAAUUCAUCACUGGCAAUGCCAACAAAUUGCGAGAGGUCAAAGCCAUUCUGGAACCAGCAAUCACGGUACAAAGCCAUGCUGUUGACCUCGAGGAAGUCCAAGGCACAGUUGAGGAAGUCACCAUAGCAAAAUGUCGCAAGGCUGCGGAGACUAUCCAAGGACCUGUUCUGGUUGAAGACACCUGCCUCUGCUUCAAGGCUCUCGGCGAUCUCCCGGGCCCCUACAUCAAAUGGUUCAUGGAAUCCAUAGGCCACCAGGGUCUAAACAAUCUACUAGUUGCAUACGAGGAUAAGUCUGCCGAUGCCGUGUGCACGUUUGCCUACUCGCCGGGUCCUGGAAGCGAACCUCUCCUCUUCCAAGGACGAACUAGAGGCAGGAUCGUGCCGCCUCGAGGCCCGGUUGACUUUGGAUGGGAUGCUAUUUUCGAGUAUGAUGGUCAGACCUAUGCCGAGAUGGACAAGGCAGCAAAAAAUAAGAUCUCUCAUCGCGGUCGUGCCCUCGCGAAGCUGCAAGACUGGUUCGCUCAACAGCGAGCCGAGUGA